CGCAUCUGCCCGACGCUCCUGGAGGCUUGUUUGAUUCCUGUUUCAGGCUGUUCAGCUCCUACGUUGAUCAGAAGACAAGAAGAAUCGCACCAUGGAGGUCAAGCUGUUCGUCUGUGGCGCCGUGUUCGUGGUUUUUGCGGCUACAGGCAGCCAUGCGCAGAUAGACGUUUGUGGCAUUGCGCCGCUCAACACCAGGAUCGUAGGAGGGGAGAACGCUGUUCCCGGGUCGUGGCCCUGGCAGGCCAGUCUACACGGCGAUUCAGGUCAUUUCUGUGGAGGCUCCCUGAUCAACGAUCAGUGGGUCCUGACUGCUGCUCACUGUUUCCCCAGCAUCCCGGCCAGUCUCAUCGUUUACCUCGGCCGUGACACCCAAGACUUACCGAAUUCAAACGAGGUGUCCCGGACCGUGACCCAGGUCAUCAUGCAUCCCAACUAUGAUGUCCCCUCGCACAACAACGACAUAGCCUUGCUGCAGCUGUCCUCACCUGUUACCUUCAAUGACUACAUCACACCCGUGUGUCUGGCAGCGGACGGCAGCGCCUUUGACGCCGGGACGACCUGCUGGGUCACCGGAUGGGGAUCCAUUCGAUCUGGCGUUUCCCUUCCUUACCCCCAGAAUCUGCAGGAGGUGAGUGUUCCCAUCGUGUCCAACGCUGAAUGUAACACCGACUACAGCAAUACAAUCACAAGCAACAUGAUGUGUGCCGGAGUGGCCCAGGGAGGAAAGGACUCCUGCCAGGGGGAUUCAGGCGGCCCGCUGGUGACUAAAACCGGCUCUGUCUGGGUCCAGGCUGGAGUGGUGAGUUUUGGAGAAGGCUGCGCCCAACCUAAUUUCCCCGGAGUCUACGCCCGAGUGUCCCAGUAUCAGUCCUGGAUCAACAGCCAGAUCAGCACCAACCAGCCGGGCUUCGUCAGCUUCUCGGGUUCAGCCUCUGGAACCGUUCACCUGGUUUCCCUCUCGCUUCCUCUGCUGCUGUCCAUUGUGCCGGUUCUCUUCUCCCUCUUUCUCCUUUCAUAGAGUCAAAAUCUCUGUCUCAUAUUUUUUAGCCUUUUGAGAUUAAUUUACCUUAAGACAAGCAACAAAAUCUGCUCCUGGAGUCAAAUAUUUCCACCUGUUUCCAGCUCGGCUUCUUGUGCUGAAGGAGUUUUUACAGAAAAGAGUCGAUAGAGGAGAAGAGAAACUGGUGUAAUGACACCUGAUUUAAAAAACAAGGGCUUCAACAAGCUAAUGUUUUCAUUACCGAUUAAUCUGCUGAUUAUUUUCUCCAGUGAUUGAUUCAUCGUCUCUUUCCCUGUUCUGUCUACAACUUACUGGAUGUUUUGCACAAAAGAAUAUAGAAGUUUAUAUAAUGUUAAAGCUUGGUUUUGUAUUUUCUCAAUAAUUGAUUUAUUUAUAACUUCACACAACCUGAUGUACUCAAAAAACAUUUGGACCAGCAGCGUAAAACCCAAACAUGUUCAGUAAAUCGUUGCAUCAGAGAAGCUGGAACCAGACAACCGUUUGUUUAACGACUAAAAUCAAUUAUCAAAACACUGUAAAACUUAAAUGAAUAGUCGGGCUUUUAUUUGCUUCAGUCACUGAACUCACACUAUAUUUAGGAAAGGCGUCUACAGGAGUUUUUAUACAUCAGCGAGACCCGGCCAGUAACAGGGACAGGCGUUUUUGUUCAGUUAUCGAUUAAUUUUCUAUUGAUAAACUAAUCGAUGUCCAGUCGUUGAUGUUCUAAUAAUUGUGCUGGAAACAUGUGAAAUAAUUUGAGCUCAGCUGCAGAAUUUUCACAUCGGUGGAAACUUUAAACUUUUUGGUGACGACAACCAAAUUAUGAUUUUAUGGAGCCUGGAGUCAAUCAGAGCUUUUCAGUGUUUAAUUAUAAUCAGUUAAUAAACUCACCCAUAAGCUUUUAAUCAAACUCAAUACUGACUUUAAAUCAUGCUAUAAACUCAAAGAUCCAAUAAAAGAUCAUUAGGUUGACCAGUUAAUGACUCUAUUUCCUUGUUUUGUAUUUAUUGUUGAAUUAAUGUGUUGUGUUAAUGUUGUUAUUUUAAAAUUUUAUUUUAAAAUGGCUUUUAAAUUUAACUAAUUUACCAAUAUGCAAUCUCACAUUUUUUCUCAUUUGUUUUCUUUCUCUAACAUUUAGUUUCUAUUGUUUUGAUUUAAAGACACCUUAAGAUUAAUGUGUGGAGUAAUGAAACAAGUUAACUGUAAGGUGGAAUGUGUUUGUCUGACACAUCAGCAACUGUAAUAACGAAGUUAAAGUUUUUAAAUGCAAUUUUCAUCCUAUUGUAAAAUGUGAUAAAUUCAUAAUUUAAACACAGAUUUAUGGAUAAUUCAUUAUUUUACUUUGAGUUUUACAAUGCAUCCUUUAAUCUGGUCAAUUUAACAAGAGCUCUUUUUAAAAGUGGUGAAUUUAUUAACCCUGGUUACCAUAUAACACUAAAAUUUCAUAAUUACUCCAGACUCGCAAUAAAAUCAAUAAACCGAACAGAUUUUGGCCUGAAACUGAUCAAAUGUAAAAACAAUUAAAAGUCUUUCUGAUGUUUUUUACCUGGAAAAAUAUAAAACAUUUGAACUGACGGUGAAUUUUAGAAGUUUAUGAAGUUGCUGAGUUACUGUAACUGCUGAUGUCUUGUUGUUUUGCACUAAACACUUGGGACUGUGAUUUAUAAGCAGAGGAUACAUGAAGUACACAUUUUCAUCAUUUUACAUAAAAAUAUAACACACACACACACACACACACACACCCCUCAAACAGUGUCAGAGGUUGGGAUUUAAUGCAGGGUUGUGUAACUGGAUUACCUUUUACAGGUGUUUCUGUUUGUUUGGUAUCUUAUUGUAAGUAAAGCUUUUUGAAAUAUAUUUUAAGACAUUUUGUUUGUCCGUCUUUUUCAUUGUCAUAUGUUAAAUAAAUACUUUUUGUCUAACCAA